GAGCGCAAAUUACCCAAUCCUGACAAAGGAAUCGCAACCAGAUUUUCUGCCUUUAAAUAUCAAAACCCAAAGCGUCACACACCCACAAGCACAAAAUGGAGGCAGUGGCGCCUGCCCUUCCCGCCAAAGCAACAGCUGCAAUAACCACCAUCACCCACUUCCCAGAAAACCCAAGAAGAUUAAUCUUGAAACACUGCAAAACUACGAGAGACCUCAACCAAAUACACUCCCAUCUCGUCAAAACUGGACUCCACCGCAACCCGACCGUCACUGAGAACCUCCUUGAAUGCGCUGCCAUCCUACUUCCCACGAAAACCAUGGACUAUGCUCUCUCGAUUUUUGGCGAAAUCGAUGAACCUGAUUCGUUGGCUUAUAAUGUCAUGCUACGAGCCUUCACAUUGAGAGAGUCCCCACAUCAAGCCUUAAUCUUGUUCAAAAAAAUGCUGGAAAAAGCUGUACAACCUGAUGAAUUCACAUUCACUUGUGCCUUAAAAACUUGUUCCAAACUACGAGCGUUGAGCGAAGGCAAACAGAUACAUGCCCAUUCCGUCAAGUGUGGCCUAGUUUCCAAUUGUUUUGUACAGAACACUUUGAUUCGUAUGUAUGCAAACUGUGGCAGUAUGGAGGUUGCACGUCAAGUGUUCGACGCAUUGCCAGAAAGGGAUAUUGUUGCGUGGAAUUCCUUGUUUUCUGGGUAUAGUAAGAAUGGUUGUUGGGAGAAUGUUGUGAAGCUAUUUCGUGAAAUGUUGGAAUUGGAUUUCAAAUUUGAUGGGGUGACAUUGAUAUGUGUUUUGACGGCGUGCGGAAAAUUAGCUGAUGUGGAACUGGGGAAGUGGAUUGAUGAAUACAUAAGCGCAAAUGGACUUGAGGGGAAUCUUAAUUUAUCAACUGCAUUGGUUGAUAUGUAUGCUAAAUGCGGUCAGGUGGAGACUGCACGAAGAUUAUUCAACCAAAUGGAUCAAAGGGAUGUUGUUGCAUGGAGUGCCAUGAUUUCUGGGUAUAACCAAGCAAGGCGAUGUAGGGAGGCACUUGAUCUUUUCAAAGUGACGCAAAUGGAGAAUGUCGAACCUAACGAGGUACUGUUGGCGAGUGUGAUUUCUUCUUGUGCGGUACUUGGAGCCCUAGAAACUGGUAAAUGGGUUCACCUGUAUGUAAAGAAGAAGAGGAUUGAGCUGAAUGUUACCCUUGGUACUGCACUAAUGGACUUCUAUGCCAAAUGCGGGGAAGUUGAGGAUCUUAUUGAAGUGUUUCGUAGGAUGCGUCUGAAAAAUGUAUAUUCUUGGACAGUGCUAAUUCAAGGUCUUGCUAAUAAUGGAGAGGGUAAAAGAGCUCUCGACUACUACUAUUCGAUGAGGGCAAAAAAUGUUCUACCAAAUGAUGUGACUUUCAUUGCUGUACUUUCUGCUUGUAGUCACGGAGGGCUAGUCGACGAGGGUCGUGAACUCUUUCUCAGUAUGAGUAAAGAUUUUGGGAUUGAACCUCGGAUGGAGCAUUAUGGUUGCAUGGUAGACAUUCUUGGAAGAGCUGGAUUGAUUGAAGAGGCAUUACAGUUUAUAGAAGACAUGUCUAUCCAACCCAAUGCAGUUAUCUGGAGAACAUUGCUGGCUUCAUGCAGACCUUAUAAAAACGUUGAAAUUGCAGAAGAAGCAGUGAACCACCUGGUGAGAUUGGAACCAAUGCACGGUGGGGAUUACAUACUUCUAUCUGAUGUUUAUGCAUCGGUUGGCAAGUGGGCGGAUGCAACGAGAGUGAGAAAUGAAAUGAAAGCAAAAGGGAUCAAGAAGACUCCUGGUUGUAGCUUGAUUGAGUUGGAUGGAGAAAUUUUUGAAAUUUUUUCUGAACACCGCGUGCAUCCACAAUCCAAGGAGAUCUACAAUGCAACUGAAAAAAUGAUGACAUCCAUCAAGACAGCCGGCUAUAUACCCAACACUGCCGUUGCCAGACUAGACGCGGAAGAGAAGGAUAAAGAAACCGCAGUAUCUCACCAUAGUGAGAAGCUGGCUAUUGCCUUUGCACUCAUCAAAACUCAUCCUGGAGCUACAAUUCGAAUAUCAAAGAAUUUAAGAGUUUGUUUGGACUGCCACAAUGCAAUAAAGAUAAUCUCUAAGGUAUACAACAGAGAAAUUGUUGUUAGGGAUCGGAAUCGUUUCCAUCAUUUCAAAGAAGGGCAGUGUUCCUGUAAAGACUUUUGGUAAACCUCGUCACCCUCUUUGCUUCUUCUCUUGAAUGUUUCCCACUGUUAUGUGGCCACCGUAAGAGGUGGCUUCAACUCAGAGCAUCAAGUACAUUGAUUUAAACAUAACUGUAUUUAGCUGUUUCUUUUUGAA